UCCGAUUCGAAGCAUAGUCUGAAACGAAACCCGGUCAAAAAGAAAGAUCGAAAAAUCGUAUCCAAAUUUUAAUCUUUUGCCCCCAUUCGCGUGGAAUCCUGUCCAAGACGCCAAGAUGUCCGAACAGUUCAACUUUAACGACGCCUUCAACAGCCAAACCAUGCGCGGCCGCGCCAAUGUAGCCAAGGCCACCUGGGCCUCGGUGGGCUUGGUUUACGUCCUGGUCAAGAUGCACCGGCGCAACUCGAAGCGUCGCGAUGCCAAGCUCUACUGCAAGGGCUGCCAGCAGGCAUUGCUACACGGCUAGGGGGUGACAUUACCCAUCCCAGCAUAGUCUCGUAUCCGAACUCCUGUGUCAAGAAUCCAGUAAACAGCUCCCAGUCCCAGUACCCUAGUUCCAAACUUUGCCCAAACUCGUGUACUUUGUCGAGUCAAUAAAUUUUGAAUUCUGACAGCUAA